AUGGAUGCGAAGCCACAGCGUAUUCGCGUUCGCGGCGACGAAAAUGUGCCGCCUUCCUUGCAUGCCACCAAAGCUAUUCAUCAGCGCAACAAGUCCACCCCGGCCCUCAACCUCGCUGCCCAGGGCGCGAAGAAUGGGGCCCGGCGAGCCUUUGGUGAUGUGAGCAACGUAAAGACUAUUCGUGAUGACUCGGUAUUGCCUGGCAAGCCAGCAGCGCAGGCGGACUACAACAAACCCGCCCUUUCACAACCGGCCCAACGUCCGAUGUCAGUGUCUGGCAUCAAGGGCCUGCUGAGCAAUGUAACUGCAAAACCAGUCAACCCUGCCGGCAAAGCCCAACCCGCUGCCAGAACUACUAAGCGUAACAAUGUGGUCUUCCGCGAUCAGUUAGAACCCGUUGUCGAAAAGGCGCCAUCCAAGGAAGUCAUCACCACCCAGGCUGUUCGUUGCGAAGAACGGCCUGCCGAAGCACCUGUCUCAAAGAAUGUGGAUAAGGAUGAGUCGGAGUCGGAGCAGGAGUACUUUGACACUCUGCCAGAGGAGUCUGCUGCAGUCGUUGAAGCAAGCAACGCUGGUUUCAGUAAUUGGCGUGAAAUGCUUCCCCAACUGUCGGAGCCCAGCAAGGCUCCCUCUUCUGCCCCAGCACUCGAGAAACCCCGCGCGCUUCCUGCACCUCCCCACCGUGCUAGCUUGCCAGAGGUUCACCCUGAAUAUCAGCGCCGAGACACCACUGGCCCUGCAGUUUCAGAGUGUGAAGAGUGGGAAGAUGAAGAAUCAGCGCGGGGAUACCCUUCCCGCACUGACAACACCACCGGUGGCACUACCACUGUAAUUUAUCCGAAGACUACUGCCGUAACCAAGCGUGAGUUACAGCAAGCAAAGACUAUUGUGGAAGCCUCGCAGACAGAGGAGGAGAUAAUGGAGGAUUUCUAUGAUGCAAGCAUGGUGGCUGAAUACAGCAACGAGAUCUUCCUUCACUUGCGGACCAAGGAGAUUGCUAUGCUACCGGUAGCCGAUUACAUGGCUAAUCAGGCUGAGAUUCAGUGGUCCAUGCGCUCUGUCCUGAUGGAUUGGUUAGUGCAGGUCCACUUCCGAUUCGCCUUGCUUCCUGAGACUCUCUUCCUCUGUGUCAAUUACAUUGACCGAUUUCUCUCACAUAAAAUCGUCUCGCUGGGCAAGCUCCAGCUGGUUGGAGCCACUGCGAUCUUCAUUGCCGCCAAAUAUGAAGAGAUCACUGCUCCAUCAGUUGGUGAGAUUUUCUACAUGGUUGAUGGUGGUUACACUGUGGAUGAGAUUCUGAAAGCUGAGCGCUUCAUGUUGAAUAUUCUCAACUUUGACCUCGGCUGGCCGGGCCCCAUGAGCUUUCUGCGCCGCAUUAGUAAGGCGGAUGACUAUGAUCUCGAGACCCGGACUGUCGCCAAAUAUUUCCUCGAGCUCACGAUCAUGGAUGAGCGCUUCGUCAGCACGCCUCCUAGCUUCGCCGCUGCCGGAGCUCACUGCCUGGCUCGUUUGAUGCUGCAGAAGGGUUGCUGGACCCCGGCUCAUGCCUUCUACAGUGGUUAUCUCUAUGACCAGCUGAUCCCGGUGAUGUCGACCAUGCUGGAGUGCUGUGAGGACCCUCAACGUCAUCACCAAGCAAUCUAUGAGAAAUACUCAGACCGUCGCUUCAAACGUGCCUCUUUGUAUGUUGAGGCUGAAAUGAAGCGUGGUUUCAAUCUCUCACGACCGACCAACCUCAAAAACGCGGACCGUCUGGACGGCCUCGCCAAUUAUUGA